AAGGUAUUUCUUGACAAGCCGCCGCCCGGUACCACUAAAACGCGUUAGGGUAUUCUUGCAACUCGUUCUGCGAAUACAGAAACGAAAAAAUAGUAAACAACUUUUAUUGGAGGGAAAAAAGGUAAUAGGCCGGCUUCCCCAUAAACAUCUGUCGCAGACCCUCAGCACUGACCAUAGCCGGUAGCCGACGUCAGUUAACCUAACCUCUGAUCAGAUUGAGUGUCCCAAAAUGAGCGUGGAGGAGGAAGUGUUUCGGAUCCAAAAGAAGAUGAGCAAGAUGGCCAGCGACGGCACAGGACAGGAUCAGGCCCUGGACCUGCUGAAGGCCCUGCAAACGCUGAACAUCAACCUGGACAUUCUGACCAAAACGCGCAUCGGCAUGACUGUGAACGAGCUGCGUAAGAGUAGCAAGGACGACGAGGUGAUCGCUCUGGCCAAAACCCUGAUCAAGAACUGGAAGCGCUUCCUGGCCAGCCCGGCGCCCACCACUCCGAACCACAGCUCCACGAAGGAGGGCUCCUCCAACAACAGCAGUGCCUCGAAGUCAACGAGCGGCGCCAAGUCGUCGUCGUCAUCCUCCAGCAAGGACAAGUCCAGUUCAUCCAGCUCAUCCAAGGAUAAGGAGAAGAAAGGCUCGUCGUCCUCGUCACAGUCCUCGUUUCCCUCCGGCGGCAUGACAGAUGCGGUUCGCAUCAAGUGCCGCGAAAUGCUGGCCGCCGCACUGAAGAUUGGCGAAGUGCCUGAGGGAUGCGGGGAGCCUGAGGAAAUGGCCGCCGAGCUGGAGGAUGCCAUUUACUCCGAGUUCAAGAACACGGAUAUGAAGUACAAGAAUCGCAUUAGGUCGCGCGUGGCCAAUCUGAAGGACCCCAAGAAUCCGGGAUUGCGCGGGAACUUCAUGUGCGGCGCCGUCACUGCCAAGCAGCUGGCCAAAAUGACGCCCGAGGAGAUGGCCAGCGACGAGAUGAAGAAGCUGCGCGAGAAGUUCGUCAAGGAGGCCAUCAACGAUGCCCAGCUGGCCACCGUGCAGGGCACCAAGACCGAUCUCCUCAAGUGCGCCAAGUGCAAGAAGCGCAACUGCACCUACAACCAGCUGCAGACGCGUUCCGCCGAUGAACCUAUGACCACCUUCGUCAUGUGCAACGAGUGCGGCAACCGAUGGAAGUUCUGCUAACUCCCAAGAUUGUUCCAAAUAAUAAAUCAGUCCCAAAACAGCACACACCACACAUCCUUCAUAUUCUUAAAUGAAACAUUGUAAAGACACGACACGCGAGAACACAUUUUGUAUCUGCUGCCCAACUGUGGAGCGCUUACUCUGACCACCUAAACCUGAACGAGAAGAAAAGAAAUUUCAAUAAACAUUAACUAUUGAUAAAACGAA